AUGAAGAUUGUGUCCGCGGUGGUGCUGUGUGGCGCGGUGGCGCUGCUGCUGGCGGCGGGUGGCCCGCGGGCGGUGCAGGGCGAGGCGGCCCUCGGGAACUACUACAAAGAGGUGGUGCGGGAGCAGCACCAGGCGAUCAAUGAAAUGAAUCAGAACUUUACCGAGCUGGAGCGAGCCAGCGAGAAGCUGAUCGAUCUCGGGUACUACGUGGGCCAACACAAGCUCCCCCCGAAGACGAUCAAGAUCACGAACACGGUGGCGGUGAAGGUGCCGGUCCCGUUUCCGGUGGCCGUCCCGGAACCGGUGCCGGUGCCCGUGCCCGUCAGCAAACCCGUCCCCGUUCCGGUACCGACGCUCGUAGCCGUACCCGUCGCGGACAGUAGCUCGGCCCCUCCGACCGGAAGUACUAGUGGCGGUGCUCCGGCAAGCCCGUCGACCACGGCACCGCACGCCGAUUCCCACGGGGCGCCCUCGCAGACCGUAUCCGAGGUCCAAGAGUACGUACACUCGUUUCCAAUACACUCUGUAUACGACGCUGGCGACGAUUACAAUCCCAUGGAAGGAAACCGUCUCGCACUAGCGGAACACACUGCCUCCCCUACCGAACGCACGGUCAGUAAAUCCAGUCCUUCUUCACUUCAACAGCACCUGGAAGCGUACCGACCACGUCGGCCCGGCCAAGGCCCGCCGCAAACGGGACCGCUUUCGGGCGCGGGCACCGCGCAACGGCACCACUACGGGGUCGGUGCCGGAGCCGCCGGAACCGGUGGAAGAUACCAUGGUGGUGUUCAAGUUCAAGCCGCGCCGCAUACUGCUGCUCAGUUCGGACCUGAGCCGCAUGCGCUCCAAUCGUCGGCCAAAUCGUAUGGCCGCACCAUCGGCGCAUCCUACAAACACCACACGCCCUCGUUCGCCCGUGCCCCGCAUUCGCCGUAUUCCGCUGCGCCAUUCCACGGCCGAGUAUACGCGCCGACCGCGCCGACGUCCACGACGUCCGACGAAGGAGUCCACGGACACGAACCACAUCGAGGAGGAGGACACUUUGGCGGCCCAGAGUACGGUGGAGGAGGUGCGGCAGGAGGUGAGGCCGAGUCCUACGCCCAGUUCGCCACCGGAAGCGAAACCACCGCGGAAGUCCCGCAAACUGCGGAAAUACGAUUCGGUGGCGGCGAAAGCGAAGCGCUACAAGCCCAAGUCGAAGAAGCUGGUGCCGAAGGGGAAGGGCCGGGCACCUCUCUGGGAGCCGACGGUGAUUCCGGACACUACGAUCACCACCACCAGCAGCAGCAUGCACCGGCGGCAGCAGCGCGCCCGUUCGAAACUGUUCGCGAAUCGUACCCGCGCUACGAAAGGCCCGACUUUGGUCACUACCAGCACCACUCCGUUCACGCCGACGCACGAUUCUCCGGAGGCGCUGGAGGACUCGCUAGAGGAACAGGACGUGGAGCAGGACCUGGAAACGGAGGAGGACGAGGGGCAGGAGCCGGAGCCAGUGGUUCGGGCAGCGCCACGGGUAGCGGCGGCAUCUUCACAGAAGGCUACGAUCAUCCAGCCUUGGGCGGGAAGCCAUCCUUUACCGCUGGUCCUGGCGGAUCCGAUGGAGGUGCUACCGUCGCUGCCGCUUCCGCCGCCGCCGCCGAUACACACCGUUACCCGGUACCGGGGGGACGGACCACCUAUCCGAAGGUAUCCGCCGCGGGCCACCAUCAUUCGCAUCCACAUCAUCCGGAGUCGCGGCCAGAAGCGCAUCCGGAUCUUCGUCAUCAAGCCCACGACGCCGGAGCCGCUGCUGCCGCCGACGGGCUUGAGCGAUGGCCUUUCUACCAGGCCACCAAGGACGAUCCCCAUCUUACUCGGGCAGAGCUCAAAUCGUAUCACGCAGACGCUGCUUCCGGUGGACCAGCCGUUCGGCAGCGGUUCCGCGAUUCCAAGGAGUCCGAGGCGGGCUACCCGGCGUACCACCAUCACCACCACAUCCUCGUUGGCCACCACAACACCUACACCGAGCACCGUCCCGUCGCAGCCCACCAGCCAAGGCACCACCACCACCACCAGGCCACAGGUGGUGGCCACAAGCACCCCAAGCAGUACAGCGUCCCCAGCGACGCCCAUCUAUAUCCCGGCCUCGGAGAGUACCACGAGCACCACGCGGACCACGGCGGCGGUGCCUCCGCCGGUAAGUUCCACUACCACUUCCGCAACGUCCACCCCUACGCCGGAAGUGAGCAACACGGUGCCGGCCACGACGCCGCCGCCGCCAGCGAGCACCACUACUACCAGUCCGAGCCCCCCCAGUACGAUGGUGCUGCCGGACCGGACGGAGCAGCAGUCCUAACCUCGUACGAUCCACCUGCCAGCGGCAGCACCUUCCACUUCCACCCGGACGACGAUACCACGGGCGAUCUGCUGGCCGGGGCUUCCGAGGCCCACGAGCACACCGAGGCCGCCCACUGA